UAGACAAAGAGGAAGAAGAGAGGAAACAAAAUUAGGGCAAAAUUGCGUUGCGAUAUCUUUUUUUUUGUUUUCACUGCGUCUUGAUGUGUUGUUUCACUUUUCGUCUUCUUCAUCGUGUUCCUCUUUGAUUUGGGGCUUUGAAUAAUCUUUUUGAUGAAGGAACCUGUACAGAAGAAGAAGGUGGUUGUUCGCCACUUGCCCCCUUCUCUUUCUCAGUCCGAUCUCUUGUCUCAGAUUGAUCCUCGUUUCGGUGAUCGUUACAAUUGGGUUUCGUUUCGUCCCGGCAAGUCAAGCUAUAGGAAUCAGAAGUGUUCAAGGGCCUACGUAGCUUUCGAGGAACCAGAAGAUGUUUAUGAGUUCGCUGCAUUUUUCAACGGGCAUGUGUUUGUUAAUGAAAAGGGUGCUCAGUAUAAGGCUAUAGUUGAAUAUGCACCUUCGCAGCGUGUGCCGACACCUGCUGAUAAGAAAGAUCUUCGCGAAGGGUCUAUUAGUAAGGAUCCUGAUUAUUUGGAAUUCCUUAAGUUGAUUGCUCAACCUGUUGAGAAUCUCCCUAGUGCUGAAAUCCAGUUGGAAAGAAGAGAAGCUGAGCAGUCUGGUGCUUCAAAAGCGGCUCCUAUUAUUACCCCUCUUAUGGAAUUCAUACGUCAAAAACGUGCUACUGUGAUGGGAUCCCAGGGUUUAUCAGAUGUCCGAAGAGGAGGUAGAAGAGCCAGAGCAGUUUCUACUAACAAGCCAAGUCCAAGGCCCUCAAAACGUAACUCUGAAAAGAAAAAGUAUGUGGAAAAGGAGAGUACAAAAAUUCUGUCCCGGAAGGCUACAUUAGAUAUUGGCAGCUCUAAGCAAGAAUAUCAUAAGCAGGAAAUACCAGAAAAGGAUACUGCCUCUGCCAUAGAUAGCUCUCUCCCAGGGAUUGCAUUGACUAUGGAUUCUGGGAAGAAAAAGAUUUUGCUCCUGAAACCAAAAGACCGAGACAAUCCUGAUAACCCUCCACCACAACCAGAAAUUAAUCUUUCGGCUUCAAGACAAAAUCAGAAAAUUGAUGUUGGAGGGAGGUUGAUCAAGAGAAUACUUCUGAAAAAUGACUCAAGGCCAAGCCAGGCUUCAACUUUUGUCAAGCCUGAGCCAAGAGUAGAACCCUCGGAAGGAGAAAACUUCAAACGACCAGCUCGGCCAGCCAACACUCGAGCAGGGAAAGAUUAUCAUGCUUCUGGUACCAACAGUGAGAAGCAAGAGAGACGUACAAGAAACAAGGACAGACCUGAUCGUGUUGUGUGGGCUCCUCUUCGUCGUGAUGGGUCCAAUAUCAGUGAGGAUCAAUCACUAUCUUCAGCAGCUAACAAUGGAGAAGUCAAAGAGAGGAUAUAUUCUCAAAGAUCUGGAGAAGUGGUCAACUCCUCUGGUGGACACACUCUUGAGAAUGAUUCUACUAGACAUUCUAGUCGUCGUGUUGGAGGUCGCAAUAGAAAAGAAGACGUGAUGACUGGUGAGGGUAAAUCAUCCCGGAGAGGAGGUGGUGGUGGUGGUUCUAAUUCACAUGAGAAGCAGAUGUGGAUUCAAAAAUCAUCAUCGGGUACUUGAUAUAUUCACUUAACACAUGGCUAAAUAUAUGAGCCAUUCCAAUGGAUUUUGUCCUUCAACGGGAAUCUAUAGAUCUCAAUCGAAAUGAGGAGUAACUCUAUCAACAUCACACUCGGGUUUGAAGACUUUUGGUCAGGCGUUGUAAGUCGUAGUAUUGCACAUAAAAGAGGCCGUUCUCAAAGUAGGAAUCAGCUCAAGAUUUAUGAGAGUGAGACAAGAAAAGACUCGUUUGCUACUGCCUCUCAAAGGCCCUAGCGGUUCACGGUACCUGCAUUCCCCUCCUUUUGGCUUGUUGCGGUGUUUACAGACAAGUGGGUGAGUAGUGAGAGAACUUACUCCCGAGUCUUGGUAAUGAAAAAUAAAGUCAAGUGAAUAGGGAGGCGGGAAACACAGUGUGUCGGGUUUUUAUUUUGGGUUCCUGAGAGGCCUUAGAACGUGAUUGCUCGAUUUUAACCAUAUAAUAGUUUGGAUUACUGUGAAGUUAAUUUAUUGCUAAGUAAUAUUUUCUCUUUGUGGAAAAAUUGGUUUUAUUUCACGUGAUUGUUAUAUAACUUAUUGGCUUA